AUGGCCGCGAACGGAGGAGUCCCGGACCCUGGGGGUAGUGACAAAAACGUUUGUGGUUACUGUGAGGCUGGAGUAAAAACGAAGUAUUUAGAAUGUGAAGAAUGUGGAACUCCGUUCCACAACAGCUGUGCAAAAAGAGCGGGAACCGCGGGAGAUAAGAGCAAAUUACAGUGCUGCGCGGAAAAAAAGGUUAUGUACGAGCCGAAUGAGAGUGUUGUUGUGGGAGAGGAUGGCAAAGUAGACGAAAAAAGCGCAGUAUGGAGGGAAAAUGUCAUUCUGCGGAAACUAGUAAGAGAAAUGUAUAGCAAGAACCAGUUGGUGAUCAACAAAGUGAGAGAGCUUGAAGAGAUGCUGAAACAGGAGACAGGGCCCCAUCCUCUGGUAAAACCGAAGCAUCACGAAGAAGGAAAGAGAACAAGGGAUAAAAUAACAUCCAAUGUGCACUCGGCAAAGCUGGGAAUAUGGGUUAAAAAAAUAAGCAACGCAAGAAAAGGACAGGUAGUGAUAAGCUGUGAGCAUACGGAAGAUGUUGAAGUACUCAAAAAAGCCUUAGAGGAUAAGGUAGGCCCCCAAUACAGUGUAAUCCAACAGCAUCUACAAAAGCUAAAAAUAAAAAUCGUGGGUAUUAGCGAUGAAGAUAACGCAGAAGAUCUUGAACUAACUAUCAGGAAUCAGAAUCACUUUAUCGAUAAGGAAGAGGAUUUCAAAAUCACAUACAUCAAGUACUGGCCGAAGAUAGAGACGAGCACUGCAUAUGCGGAAGUUGCUCCAGCAGUGUUUACAAGAAUAAUUCUGGACAAGAGGAUUUCUGUCAGAUGGGAAAAGUGCAGAGUAUUUGAAGACUUGGAUAUAAACAGGUGUUUUAAAUGCGGUGGUUUUAAUCACAUGGGAAGUAAGUGUCAAAAUGAGAGGGCCUGUAGCUCCUGUGGAGAAGAUCACGACACAAGGGACUGUAAGAACGACAAGAAUAAACAGUGCGCGAACUGUAAGAGGUCGAACGAAAUACGACUUACACCAUGCUGCGAGCGAAGUAAAUAA